GGUAGAAUUGUUCGAAUGCUCCACGCGAGUCUCCUCUCAUAUUCUAGCUCUCUUGGAUUCCGCUGAGCCUUUCAUUCACUUGCUAGAAUCCGCAGCUGUUAGAACAGAUAUCUCGAAUUUGUCCCUCUUCGCAUGUAAUAUAUGCUGUGCUUUUCAAGAUGUGCACGCUACCUGUUUGUCAAAAGUCCCCAAAGAAAAAAUUACACGAUAGGUCUUGUGAUCGAUGCUACUUCAGCCAAAAAACAAGCAUAUUAUGAAGACCCAGUUGGAUUCUUUGCUCAACAAGAGGAUGUAAUUUCUUGGACGUCUAAAAUCACCAAUUUGGUAAGAACAGGCCAGCCGGACUCGGCUUUUGGCUUCUUCAAGAUGAUGUUCGCAAAUGGGCACAGGCCAAAUUAUGUGACAAUGCUGAGCGUAUUAAGAGCGAUUGACGCAUUAAGCUGGGAAUCAACGAUUGAGGUGAUGCAUGGAGGAGUGAUCAAAAUGGGGUUUGAAUCAGAAGUGGCAGUUUCAACGGCUCUUCUUGGGUUUUAUUCAAUGCGUGAUAUUGGGAUCGUUUGGAAGUUGUUUUAUCAGAUACCUUAUAAGGAUGUUGUUUUGUGGAGUGCUGUGAUCUCGGCAUGCGUGAAACAUGGCCAGUUUAUUGAAGCAUUUCAUCUUUUCAGAGAGAUGCAAUAUCAAGGUGUUCAUCCAAACCAUGUAAGCAUUGUAAGCAUUCUACCUGCUUGUGCUGAUUUUGGUGCUCUAUCUUUGGGUAAAGAGAUUCAUGCGUUUUCAAUGAGAAGGGAUUUUUAUUCUAUAGUUAACAUUCAGAACUCACUCAUGGAUAUGUAUUCAAAAUGUAGAAAUCUUGAGGCAUCAAUUAGAGUUUUGAAGACUAUGAGGAAAAAGGACAUGGUGUCAUGGAGAACUGUAACUCAUGCGUGUAUCCAAAACAAUUGUCCUAGUAAAGCCUUUAAAAUUUUCACAAGGAUGCGGUCUUUUGGAUUCGAAUUGGGCGAAACGAUGAUGCUGGACUUUAUAGCUGCUGUGUUAUUAGUUGAUGAACUUUUACUUGGCUUGGCUGUUCAUUGUCAUGCGCUGAAAGGUGGUUUUCUCUGUUUUAUUUCAGUUGGAACUGAACUCCUCCAAAUGUAUGCUAAAUUUGGUGAAUUGGGGUUGGCCAAACUUACAUUUGAUGAGCUUGUUGACAAAGAUAUCAUUGCAUGGAGUGCAAUGAUCUCAGCAUACUCUCAUGGCGAAGAACCACUUAGUGCCAUCCAGACAUUUAAAAUGAUGCAAUCAACUAAUGAAAGGCCUAAUGCUAUAACUUUUGUAAGUCUAGUGAAUGCCUGUUCUUCAUUGGAUGCUCAGGAACUGGGAGAAAGUAUACAUGCUCAUAUAACGAAAUCUGGUUACUCGUCUAAUACAUGUUUGAUGUCUGCUUUGGUUGAUUUUUACUGCAUACUUAGAAGGGUAAAGCUAGGAGAACAUGUUUUUGAUGAGAUUGUGACAAAGGAUUUAGUUUGUUGGAGUACGAUGAUUAAAGGGUACGGUACGAAUGGCUGCGGGAAUGAGGCACUCAAUACAUUUUCAGACAUGUUAAGUUAUGGUUUGAAGCCGAAUGGGACGCUCUUCGUUUCUCUUUUAUCGGCUUGUGCUCAAUGUGGAUUGGAAAAGGAAGGUUGGAUGUGGUUUAAUGCAAUGAUUGACGAGUAUAACAUUACUCCAACAGUGGCACAUUAUGCUUGUAUGGUGGAGUUGCUUGCUAGGCAAGGAAAAAUUAGAGAAGCCGUUGAAUUUGUGAAGAAAAUGGCAGUAGAACCUGAUACAAGGAUCUGGGGUGCUCUUUUUGCUGGUUGUAAAUUAACUCAUGGGUUCUCUGACAUCGCUGAUUCUAUUGUUCAACAGCUCAAUGCUUUAGAACCAAACAAUUCUGACUUUCAUGCAAUGUUGCACAACUUUUGUAUUGAGUAAAACAGAUGGGAAGAUGCGGAUGGGUGUUUGGGUUGCUCGACCCUGCUUCGCUUUAUUAAAAGCAAAGAUCACUGGGAAGUUCGAGGUCUCAACCCUUGUUCUUGUGCGCUAAAGGGCUUAUGAAGUGAUCGAUCGGCCAGCAAAAAGCUCGUUAAGCCUCUUUUCGCUCUCCUCUUCGCUUUUUCAAGGCAGUGGAAAGUCUUCGUGAAAAUGCGAAGGUUGAAACAAUGAAUCCUAGUCAGAUAACUGAUGGGAGCGGGCAAAUUUGUCAGGGGGCGGAAUUCUUGAAGCGAUUCUCGUUAAUGCCAUAAACAACAGACGUGCCAAUCGACUUGGUACUCUCCGCUUGUAGGCUUGUUAUUCAUUUACUUGGUUCCCCAGCAUAUAACGCACGGUGAUCGGUGAUCGAGGACGAUACUUACAAAUGAGAAAUGAAUAAAAGGUUCAAAUUCUUCACCAAAGUAUGAUGCAUAUAGAAAAUUUCCUUGAAUCCAUUACAAUGGUUAUUCUUGUAAGUCGCUGCAGUCUCUUCACUUCUUUCAAGAAGAAAUGGUACUAAAGGAAGCAAGAUGGGCACUACAGAUGAGAAGCAGCCAAGAACAUUUGUGCAAAGUUAUGCAUCCUAAAAUUCUGGGAAAGAAGUAUAAUUCAACUAAAUGAAAGAAAGAAAACCGAACAAAGAUAAAGAGAAAGAGACUGAUAGGGACAGACGCGAAGCCUAUUUACCUUGUUCAAGAAUAGUGAAACUCGAGUUCAAUAAGAGAAUAAAACAAAGCUAGUUCCGCUAAGAUAAAGUGGAGAAAAACUACUUUACCUCCUUCAAUAAGGUCAAAGAACAGGAGGGGCGUGCAGCGUUCACCAAAAUUCUUCAAAGUGAUCGAAAGCAAAAUACAUCGGUUUAGGUUUUUUUUUUUUUCAUUUUCCAUGUGAUUUUCCUUCCUAUUAUUUUUAAUAUAAAAACAACAGAUUUUUAUCUUCAUUUCUUAUGUAACGUAUAGAACAUUUGAUACAUCAUAUUGAAAGUAUCAUAAAUUUAUUUUAUAAGCAGUCACAGCUCAACUAUCAAUGUCGAGCCUUGAACGAUUCAUAUUAAUAAACAACCGAUAGAAUAGAAUAUAUCAUUCCGAAAGUUCGAAUUUUGGUGGACACAAAUUUGCUCAUUGUUAUAAUUGGAUGAUUGAAAAAUUCCAUCAUUUCAUUUAACUUGUCAACUCCCUUCAUCAAAGAAUGAUGCAAACAAAUCAGCUGAUAAACUACAAACUAUUGAAACCCCGCUUCAAUUCAUCCUAUUUCAUCAAAUUUGGGAUGUAAUAUGGUUCCAAAGGAUGAACGGGAUAUGACAGUUCCUUGAUGAUGCAAACAAAUCAGCUGAUAAACUACAAACUAUUGAAACCCCGCUUCAAUUCAUCCUAUUUCAUCAAAUUUGGGAUGUAAUAUGGUUCCAAAGGAUGAACGGGAUAUGACAGUUCCUUGAUGAUGCAAACAAAUCAGCUGAUAAACUACAAACUAUUGAAACCCCGCUUCAAUUCAUCCUAUUUCAUCAAAUUUGGGAUGUAAUAUGGUUCCAAAGGAUGAACGGGAUAUGACAGUUCCUUGAUGAUGCAAACAAAUCAGCUGAUAAACUACAAACUAUUGAAACCCCGCUUCAAUUCAUC